AGUGCGCUUCCUGCCCGGCACGGAAAUGGGCGAGCCUGACGUCAUAUGAGGGCGCCGACGGUUCCGAAGGCUACAGAGGCUACACGUGAGCCAUGGAUACGCCGCUGAGGCGCAGCCGGCGGCUGGAAGGCCUAAAACCUCUGUCUGUAGAGAACCUUCCUGACCCCGAAGUCUCUCGGGCGAGACGGGCUCUUGUAGGUUUCAAGUCGAACCCAGAAGAAACCAGAGAGCCCACGUCUCCGAGAGUUCCACCACUGGGCCUUGCGAUUCCCCAUCCUCAGCCGGAAACUAGCCCUGGAUCACCCUGUCCUAGAGAGGAAGCAAGCUUUGGGUCCGCACAAAUGCAGCCAGAGCCUCACCCUGGGUCCCUUCAACCUCAUCAAGAUCUGGGCCUGGAGUCACCUGCAGGACAGACAGAGUCGAGUCCGGAAUUCCCACAACGAGAGCAGCCAUUCAAAUUAUCUCCCACACCGGGAGAACUGGACUCUGAGGAGGCCCACGCUAAAGACGAGGUAACCCCAAGAUCCCCCGAGCCUUGCCUAGGCCAGCAAGCACCGGGUCCCGAGCCCUCUCAGCCAGCACAGGAGCUGACAUUCCAGGCACCUAGCUCCCCGGAGCGCCAGUUGGAGCCAAGCAAGCUGCCUCCGGCUGGAGAGACAGUAACAGAAAGUCUCAACCUGAAGAAGCGAGUUAUAGCUUCUCCCCAGGCCCCAGCGUCCAAGAAAUUGAAGGAGAAGGAGGAGCUCCCUGUAAUUCCGAAAGGGAAGCCCAAAUCCGGGCGUGUGUGGAAAGACCGCUCCAAGAAGAGGUUCUCCCAGAUGGUUCAGGACAAGCCCCUGCGUACCUCCUGGCAGCGGAAGAUGAAAGAGCGACAGGAGAGAAAGCUGGCUAAGGACUUCGCCCGGCACCUGGAGGAAGAGAAACAGAGGCGCCGGCAGGAGAAGAAAGAGCGCCGGGCUGAAAACCUGAGGCGCCGUCUAGAAAAUGAACGCAAGGCUGAGAUUGUCCAAGUGAUCCGAAACCCUGCCAAGCUCAAGAAAGCAAAGAAGAAGCAGUUGCGCUCCAUUGAAAAAAGAGACACCCUGGCCUUGCUCCAGAAACAGCCACCCCAGAGACCUGUAACCAAGGUCUGAGCUCAGAACAGUCCAGAGGUCUCAACAAGCCCAGAGUAAGAGCAAACAAGGCACCUCUCAAGCCACUGACUGACACCUCUCCUGGGGCCAGCACACCAAGACAAAGACUCCAGCCCUGAGAGAACUGAAGACUGUGCUGGGACUCAAGAGAGAUUUAGCUGUCCCUACCUCCUUUCCCACCUGUUACAAAGUGCCUUAUGAUGAUCAUAAACUGUCACCAGGUGGUACCAGCAAUGUACACCUUUAAUCCCAAUGCUCAGGAGACAGAGACAGGCAGACCACUCAGAGUUCGAGGCCAGUCUUGUCUGUAGAGUACAGGAUAGCCAAGGCUACACAGAAAUCCUAUCUCAAAAAGAAAAGAAAAAAAAAGAAAGAAAAAGAGGUCUUGAACUAUGAAUUCUUGUUCCCUAGUGAGCUGGUAACUCUAACUUGGGGCCCUGGGUACUACCCACAUUUAAAGGCCUUUUGUUAGAAGUCGGUGCCUCCAGUUUUUCAGUGACACCUUGGCCACUUGUGCAUUCUGCUGAUUUGGUCCUCUUAGUCAAUGGAAGCUAGCCCUUCCCUAGUUUGGCACUGAAAGAUUAAAGUGAGGAGUUGCAGGGUUUCUCUCCAGUGCCCCUUUCCCACACUGGACUGUAGAAGCCUUGGGGCUUGACCCAUGCCCACUGAUCUGCGCAGAGGUGUUUAUGGGUAUCUACAUAAGUACAGCUCUGGGCUCCCAGAAGGACAGAAGCCCCUGCCCCACUGUGCUUUCGUUAUCAUAAUAAACCAUUAAAAUACA